UGGCGCGGGAGGUAGGAGGAGUCGGGAUUUUGGGCUGGGAGUCCGCGCCCUAGAAGAGGGAGGCCUGUCAACUCCGGCUAUUCUCUCUUUCGAGUGACCAGAGCUUUCUUCGCUUGUAUUCCAUGGUCCCAGGAAGCCGGAUUGGGAAAGGAGGGAGGGUCGCUCCGCCCUGGUUCAUUCAUUCAUUCAUUCAUUCAUUCAUUCCCUUCGCGCCUGCUGGCAGCCGGCACCCCUGGAGGUGGAGAAAGCUGAGGAGUCCCUUGUCUUCGGGGACCUUGCAACCUUGUAGGAUUCGUUGUAACGACAUUCAGCAACAUUGGUUGAGCACCUGAAGGGGUGGCCUGUCUUGAGACAGCACAGUGUGAAGUUUACUGUCUACUCCCCACAUCUAAGAGGGUUAAAAAAUUAAAUGAAACCCAUGUACUUCAUCACCAUGGAAAUCCUGGAGAAUCUGAUCGCUGAAUUCACAUGUAAUCUACUGCCAAGACAACUAUUGCACCACAAAACGUUCUCUGAGUUGUGAACUUUUAACAGACAGAAGCUUUAAAUAAUGUUGUUUAACCACAGGCCUAUUAUAAAGAAAAACAUUUAAAUCAUUUCGAACCGGAAAACAGUACUUUUUGUCAGUUGUGCAAAUUUUCCAAGUAGUAGGUUAGCAAGUGGUAGGGAAGAACCUUAGUGAGGCCAAGCGGUGAAUGAAGCUCCGCUAGGCAGGUGUACAGGUUCCUGUUCUCACCUGAGGACAGGCCCCAAGUUGGGCCUCACUCCCCUGAAAACCAGCCUGAAAGCCUUAAGACUGCUCAGAAGAUGGAUGACUCGGAUGAUGAUUUUAAAGAACUCUGUGCCAGCUUUUUCCAAAGGGUAAAAAACGGAACCAAGGAAGUGUUCGGAGAAAGGAAGACACAAAAAUCUUCAAAGGGCACUCAAAUAAGAAGCAUAUCGAAAAAAACCAAACAGUCUGCCACCAGGAACAAAACCCUUCCAGGCACUUCAAAGAAACCUCAGUCAUGCAGUCAAGCCCCCAGGGCUAAAAAGCGAGGAGCAACCAAGUCUCAGGAAAGUGAGCCCACCCUCCCUGUGAGUGGAGACGGAGAUGUGCUUGCUCCUGUUCUGAAUCAGGCUGUGCUGCAGAAUGAAGCACAGAGCAUCCAGACAGUAAAUGCUUCCAAUGGCGACUCCCAGUCUUCUCUGUCCUGUUCGAUGACAACAGCUGUGCCAAGUCCCUCCAAACCCCGCACUGCAGAGCUGGUUCUUCAGCGGAUGCAGCAGUUCAAGAGAGCAGACCCUGAGCGUUUGCGACAUGCACAGGACUGUUCCCUUGAGGCUACCCUGGAAGAAAAUGACCCACAGAGUCUUCAAGAGGAGAUGGUGGCAGGAAACGGUAUGAGGAACAUACAUGUUCCAUCUUCCAGAGGGAAUGGACUGGGGCUCCCUGCCACAGACAGUGAUGCUGCAGUGGCCUUGGUUCUGCAGCAAGAGUUUGGAAGGGAAGGUACAUCUGUGCAGGAUGAGAACCUGGAAGAGAAAGGGUUGUUCUUCUGCCAGAUAUGUCAGAAGAACCUCUCAGCUAUGAACGUGACCCGGAGGGAACAGCACGUGAACAGGUGCUUGGAUGAGGCUGAAAAGGCACUAGGACCUUCCAUGCCUCAGAUUCCUGAGUGUCCAAUUUGUGGCAAGCCGUUUGUCACCGCUAAGAGCCGAAUCAACCACUUGAAGCAAUGUGCAGCAAGGAUGGGAGUGGGGCCCCAGCUCCUACUGCAGGCUGUGCGGACGCAGACAGCUUCUGCUGAGGCGAACAGCAGCCCCCUGGCACCCAGCUUUAGUAACCUUGUUGGAGGGUGGAAACGAAAAGGAGCCACAAACAAGAAGGAGCCACAAAAGAGGCGGAAGGUUGAUAAACCUGAGGUACCAUCUGAGGACCUUCUGGUGGCCAUGGCUCUGUCCCGAUCUGAAGUGGAGCAAGGUCCACCUGCACUUACACUCAGACUGGAAAGUGCUUUUUCUGAGCGGACGAGGCCUGGAGCAGAGAAGAAAAGUCGCAAGAGGAAACCUCUGACCUCCCCACCACCGUUAUUAGUCCAGGACUCUAACACCACAGGUAGACAGAUAGAAGAUCGAGUGGCCCAGCUCCUUUUGGAAGAAGUGGAACUGUGCAGCACACCACCACUUCCUGCCAGCAGAAUUCUCAGGGAAAAGCUGGAAGAAGCAGGUUGGCAUCUACAGCUGCCUGAAGGAAAGGAGAAUUUCCUAUGGGAGGGCAGUGCACUGACUGGAGCCUGGGCUAUGGAGUCUUUCUACACAGCAGGCCUGGUACCUCCCAUUGUGCCCCAGCAGCCCACCAAGGGUCUCACACAGGAACCCAAGCUAACACAAAGUCCACCUGCCCUCCAAAGCAGCUCCCAUGUAGCCUGCAACUCCAGAGACCCAUCCCUGUCUGCCAGCCAGAGAGAGCAGCAGGCCCUCCAGGACCUUGUGGACUUGGCAGAGGAAGGGCUGAAUGCCAGCCCGUGGCCUUGCAGUGGGAGCCUGGCCAACUCUGGAGGGGCUGCAGGGUUGGAUUUGGUAUCCAGUGGCCUUUCUCUGACUGGUUUUGCCCUGCCACCUAAGGAGAAGUCCCUCGAGAGGGAUGCCCACACUUUGCUCUCCCUCAGGUUGUUGGCUGCUGAUUUUGGUGCCAUGGUCAAUAACCCACACCUGAGUGAUGUUCAGUUCCAGACAGACAGCGGGGAAGUGGUUUAUGCCCACAAGUUUGUGCUUUAUGCCCGAUGUCCACUUCUCAUUCAGUAUGUAAAUAAUGAAGGCUUCUCUGCCAUAGAAGAUGGGGAUGAGAUUCAGCGUGUGCUGCUAAGCAGUGUGAGCACUGAGGCUACCUGUGUGUUCCUGCGCUAUCUCUACACAGCGGACACUUAUCUGCCAUCCCACCUGGUGGCUGACCUGAGCACCUUGGCCCGCAGGUUUGGUGUUAGUGACCUUGUUCACCUGUGUGAACAAGUACCUGCUGUGAUGGACGUGGAAGACGAAUGGCAAGAGGAGAAAAAAGAUGAAAACUGUGAAAGCAGAGCAGAAAAUUUCCAAGAACUCUUGAGGUCAAUGUGGACAGAUGAGGAGGAGGAAGCAGAGACUUUGUUGAAAUCUGAAGAAGACAGAGAAAAAGUGAAUGAAGCAGACAUGGAGGAAAUUUACGAAUUUGCAGCCACUCAGCGAAAGCUGCUGCAGUGGAAAAGAGCACCAGAUACAGACGAGGAACCUGACCAACCAGGAGAGGACAGUCCAGUUGCUGGAUCUCCCCUGGAAAAUAUCCUAGGAAGCAAAGAGUUGGAAAAGGGAGAGUUUUUGGAGCCAAGAAAAUAUAAGUCCCCAGUCAACAAUGAAAAUGUAGGGCGCUCCCUCCUGUUACCUGCAGGUGGAUGCUCAGACAGGGCAGCAGAUGCAGAGACCCACCAGCAGACAGCAUCAAAGGAGGCACCCAGCUCCAGCUCCUGUAGCCUUCCUGGGGUCAGCGAGGGUGAGAGACAAAGCUUCCUUGUGCACUCAUUUGAGGUCCCUGCUUAUGAACAGGUCUUUUCAUCACCUCAAGCAGAAUUCUCUGAAGUACCCCAGAUAACAUGUGACCACCAGGAACAAGGUGACAUUGUCAGGAAGAAAGAGGUAGAAAUGCCCUGCGUCUCCACUCCACAGCCACAGCAGUGCUAUCGCCCAUCACAGCUUCCUGGUGUCAGGAGUCCCAACCAGUCACAGCGUUACCUUCAUCACACAAGUGAUUCAUCUCCAUCCACACCCCGGUCACAUAAUGGUAUUUCCAUAGUGUCUUCCCCUAGCUCACCAUCUCCAGCUGUACCAGCAAAGCAGGACAGUGGCAUUCUCACAGUACAUAAGGAGCCAGGCCACUGGAAAGGCCCAGAGUGUCAUUCCAUAUUGGGACACAAAAAUAAGGGUGUCCUGAUUUCCCCAGAAAAGUCUCUAUCCAUUGACCUGACACAGUCAGUUCCUGACCCCUUAAGUAUCACAUCCCAGGAUCCUCCCUCCCACAUGAGCAGAGAGAAUGAGAUCAUUCUUUUACUGGAUUCAGAUGAAGAAGUGGAGCUAGAACAGACCAAAACAAAGUUGGUUUCUGAUGGUCCCUCAGAAGAAAGGAAUAUUCUAGAAGUCAGCUAUAAGUCCUCUGAGCUGUUUUCAGUUAUUGAUGUUGAUGCAGAUCAAGAGCAUUCUCAGAGCCCUCCGAGGGGAGAAGCAGAACUGAAGCUCAAGAGUGGGGAGGGACAAUUGGAGAAUCAAGGUACUGCGGGCAGGACAAGGACCUCCUGGUUGAUCUCUGACCGUGAGAGGCUUGAUGAGGACAGUACCACAGAUGCCUCCUGGCUAGUACCUGCCACCCCAGUGGAAAGCAGGAGCCGUGACUGCUUGUCACAGACCCAGGUCACAAGCCUUGGGAUUAGGCCUUCAGAUAAAAUGGUGCAGCCCUCAUGCAGAACCACUCCAGGAAACAGCCCAGUGUCAGAGGCCACACAAAAGUUCUCAGUCAUCACAUCCCUGCUGUCACCUACAUUACCAGGAACUUCUGGCAGUGGAAGGCGGGUCCGCAGGCGCCUUUCCUGUUCCCAGUCCAAGCACCACAAGCUCUCUUCCCCAAGGGCCUCAUGUCCCAUGGCAGGAGGCCUCCCUGAUUUCACUGGGUCCGUCCAGAAACUCUUACCAAAUCAGGCAGCAGUGAGUGAAGUGGUAGAAGUUGGGGACAGUGAAGAUGAGCAGGAGGUAGCUUCUCAUCAGGUAAACAGAAGCCCCCUGCUGGACAGUCACCUCCCAAUCCCUGUGGAUGACUGUUGGAACAUUGAGCCUCUUUCACCAAUUCCAAUUGACCACCUGAACCUUGAGCGCACUGGUCCCCUGAGUACCAGCAGUCCCAAUAAGCAGGCCCAGGAGCCUCUGGACAGUAGUGACUGCCACUCCCCAGGACUCCUGGGCAGUACCCCUAUCCGGGCAAAUGGCAAGGCACGAAGAGCAUCUCCAGAGCAGUCCUCAGGAGCUGGCUCCCCGAGGAGCAGCAGGCUGAGCUUUCUGAAUCCGGCCCUCUGGGACGACUGGGACGAGGAAGGGCAGAAGUCUCCAGAGACUCCUCCUGCACACCAGACACCAUGUGCCCUCCGAGCCCAGAAAUCAGAAGGGCCAGAGAGACCGAAAGGUGCUAAUCGGAAGAAAAACUUGCCCCCGAAAGUGCCCAUAACUCCAAUACCAAGGUAUUCCAUCAUGGAGACCCCCGUGCUAAAGAAAGAACUGGACAGGUUUGGAGUUCGACCUUUGCCCAAACGCCAGAUGGUUCUGAAACUAAAGGAAAUUUUCCAGUAUACUCACCAGACCCUGGAGUCAGACUCAGAGGAUGAGAUCCAGUCCUCACCAGGAUGCCGGGAGAUACCUUGCAGCCAGACGCUCCCCACUGAGACUGACAAGCCUUUCAGGGUGGGAGGCUGCACCCCAUUUAAGGUCACUGAGGGUCCGAGCACCCAACAGUGUAAGAGACCUCAACAUCAAAAGAAGCAGCCCAGCAUCCUACACCAGAGGCCACCAACCAAGAAACCACCUCUGGGCCCUGAUGUUGACACCCAGCUCCCAGCCUCUCAGGAAUCUGUGGCCACCUCUGUGGACAGCAGUGACAGCUCCUUUAGCUCACAAAGUUCGUCCUGUGAGUUCGGAGCAGCCUUUGAGUCUGCAGGUGACAAUGAGGAGGACGAAAGUGCAGGGGUCGGUGCAUCCCAGGCAGCCAGCCAGGUGCCAGACACAGAGGAAGCUGUGAGAUGUUAUAUCCGCUCCAAGCCGGCACUGUACCGCAAGGUGCUCAUGUACCAGCCGCUUGAGUUGGCAGAGCUGCAGGCUGAGCUGAAGCAAGAUGGCAUUCGCGUGCCCAUGGGCAAGCUCCUGGACAUCCUGGAUGCCCUCUGUAUUACCUUCACCACUGCUGCAGCCCGAAAGGAGAAGCUCAAGCAGAAGGGGCAGCAGCAGAGGGGCAGGAAGAAAGGGGCACGGGAUUGACAACCCUGCUCUUCUAACAGCUUGUGGGUGUCUAUGCCCAGCACCCCUCACCUCUUGAGCAUCUGACGGGAGGACUGGAGCCCAGCAUGAGACAGACUUCCACAGGCAUUUUGGAGCCUCAGGACAAUGAUUGCCCUGACCCCUGCUUCUCCUCUGGCUUCUACCUUCUGGUGUGGCAGCUGGAGCACAUGGACAGCCUUUCUUUUCCCCUGUCAGUGCCAAUCUGUCUCUUUAGUCCCAGCAGGGCCCUAGCCAUGAGUUCUUGAGGGACAAGAAAUCAUACCAGCUGGCCAGCCCAAGGCUAGAUUCUGCCCCAUCUGCCACUGUGUGUCUACUAGGCCCAGGUACAACUAUCCAGUGUGUUCUGAGUUGAAUAUUAGAUCCAGCUUACCCCCAAGCUAACUGGUCUGCCCUUCCAGCACAUAGAGCAGUCUCAGCCACUGCAGCAGACCAGCCAACCACAGUCUUCCUGUACUAUCGUGCUGCAAGUGCAGCUACUGGACCAGUCAUUCUGCCUAGACAUUUGUCAUCGUCACCAGCAACCUCUAAAGAGGACCGUGCAGAUAGGCCCAGCACAACUCUGCAGCCCAGAACAAGCAUGUACUUCAUUGGUGGGUUCCAUCCUGCAUGGAAGGCUCUGGCAGUGCGGUGCUCACAGUGGGCCUCUAUAUCCUGUGAUUGUCCUUGUCUGUUUUAAAUACAGCACAGCUGUUUUUAUAUGAUGUGCAAUAAAAACAAAAAGCUUUAUAAAA